CCAAACCCGGACGGACGCAUUUGGGACUUUUUGGACUUGGGAGCUCUGAUUCCUUUCCUCAAUUCGUCUCCUAGACGCACUUCUUCCGCCAGUUCCCUAAACUUUGAACAGUUGAACCCCAAGUCCUCUCUCUCUCUCUCUCUCUCUCUCUCUCUCUCUCUGCCGGAUAUAGAGAGUAUUUAUAGCUAGAUAGAAGUUCAAUGGCGUCGGUCACCAGCGACGGGACGCAAGUCAGAGUGGAAAGAAUCUUCAUCGGAGCUGGCUGCAACAGAAUAGUGAACAACGUUUCAUGGGGUGCCUCCGGAUUGGUCUCUUUUGGUGCUCAAAAUGCUGUUGCUAUUUUCUGUCCCGAGUCAGCGCAGAUAUUAACUACCCUUCCGGGUCACAAGGCCUCUGUGAAUUGUACCCAUUGGAUUCCUAGCAGCAAGUUUGCUUUCAAAGCUAGGCAGUUGGAGAAACACUUUUUGCUAUCGGGAGAUGCAGAUGGUGUUAUUCUUUUGUGGGAAUUUUCUCUUUUCGAGAAGAAGUGGAGGUAUGUGUUACAACUGCCACAAUCCCACAAGAAGGGUGUUACAUGCAUUACUGGAAUAUUGGUAUCUCAUCACGAGUCAGUUUUUGCCUCCACAUCUUCAGAUGGUACUGUAAAUGUGUGGGAAUUGAUCCUGCCAUCUACGUAUGGAGGUGUCUGUUCAUUAUCGUGUUUGGAUUUUUUUAAUGUGGGUCGGAAGCCUAUGGUUUCUCUCUCACUAGCAGAGUUGCCUGGGAGCAACUGCCUGGUUUUGGCCAUGGGAGGAUUGGACAGUAAAAUUCAUCUGUAUUGUGGCGAGAGGACCGGAAAAUUCACUCUUGCUUGUGAGCUAAAAUCGCACACAGAUUGGAUUCGGAGUUUGGAUUUCUCAUUACCUAUGUGUACAAAUGGGGACACCAGUAUUCUACUGGUAAGUUCAUCUCAAGAUAAAGGAAUUCGUUUAUGGAAAUUGGCUUUAAAGGAUGUCAUAGCGAAUCACAGGAAGCAAGAAAUGAGCUUGGAAUUUUACAUCAAGGGUCCUGCAUUUGUAGCUGGUUCAUCGUAUUAUCAGGUUUCAAUGGAGGCUCUCCUCAUUGGACAUGAAGAUUGGGCAUAUUCAGUGGAGUGGCAACCACCAUCAAGUUCCUCUGAUGAGGGAAGUGAAUGCUAUCAACCUCAAAGCAUUUUAUCUGCAUCAAUGGAUAAGACAAUGAUGAUUUGGAAACCCGAAAAGAUAACUGGCAUCUGGAUGAAUGUGGUUACUGUUGGAGAGUUAAGCCAUUGUGCCUUGGGAUUUUACGGUGGACACUGGAGCCCAUGUGGAAAUUCAAUUUUAGCUCAUGGGUAUGGGGGGUCAUUUCAUCUAUGGAAAAAUGUCGGUGUUGAUAUGGAUGAUUGGAAGCCACAAAAAGUUACUUCUGGACAUUUUGCAUCAGUGUCAGACAUCUCGUGGGCUAGGUGUGGGGAGUAUGUUCUAUCAGUUAGUCAUGACCAGACAGCCAGAAUAUUUGCUCCAUGGUCCAACAAUAAUGGUUCUGUGAAUGGAGAGUCAUGGCAUGAAAUCGCUCGACCACAGGUUCAUGGACAUGAUAUAAAUUGUGUGACAAUGAUACAAGGAAAGCAGAACCAUCGUUUUGUUGGAGGUGCAGAUGAAAAAGUUGCCAGAGUUUUUGAAGCUCCUCUAUCAUUUCUGAAAACGUUGGAUUUUUUUACUUCAGAUAAUGGUAGAGUUUCUGAUAACCUUCAAGUUGAAGUGCAGAUUUUGGGUGCAAAUAUGUCUGCUCUAGGUUUAUCACAGAAACCUAUAUAUGUUCGAGCUUUAUCAGAGGCACAGCAAGUAAACAAUAAUGAAGGUAUUGACACCAUGGAAACUGUCCCAGAAGCGGUUCCGAUUGUCUUAACUGAACCACCCAUUGAAGAACAACUUGCCUGGCAUACUCUAUGGCCAGAGACACACAAACUGUAUGGUCAUGGAAAUGAACUGUAUUCAUUAUGUUGUGAUCAUGAGGGAAAGCUAGUUGCUUCUGCAUGCAAGGCUCAAUCGGCGUCAGUUGCUGAAAUAUGGCUGUGGCAAGUGGGUUCUUGGAAGUCAGUUGGCCGCCUGCACUCACACAGCUUGACAGUGACACAGAUGGAGUUUUCUCAUGAUGACAAGUAUCUUUUGACUGUUUCAAGGGAUCGCCACUUAUCUGUGUUCUCAAUUAAACAUACAGGGUCGGACGACACAAGUUACCAGCUUGUAACUAAGCAGGAGGCACACAAACGAAUAAUAUGGGCAUGUUCUUGGAACCCAUAUGGACAUGAAUUUGCCACUGGUUCAAGGGACAAGACCGUAAAAAUCUGGGCAGUUGAAAACGAAGAAGCCUCGGUGAAAAAACUCCUCACUCUGCCUCCAUUCAACAGUAGUGUGACAGCACUAUCUUGGGUUGGCAUAAGCCGCCAUAACAACCACGGCCUCCUUGCCGUGGGGAUGGAAAAUGGGCAAAUCGAGUUAUGGAGCCUGCAAAGUGGAAGAAGAGCUGAAGAUGGCAGCUUCUCGCCACCAACCCCAGCUCUUGCUUUGAAGUUUGAUCCUUUUCUUUGCCACGUUUCCACUGUCAACCGGUUAGCAUGGAGGGACUCUGAGAGGGGCGAAGCUUCUGGUGCCGUGCGACUGGCUUCGUGUGGGACUGAUCAUUGUGUGAGAAUUUUCGACGUAUAUUUUCCUUUAGCUUGAAACAUGGUUUUGUAGAUAGACACAAGCGUAGUGAGUUUUAUUUUACCUACACUUAGGAUUGGUUCAACUGUUUGUACUUUGUAGCAGCAGUUAAUUGAGACAUUUAAAUUUCAAGUGUUCGUUUCAGUAAUGAUGUACUAUAAUUUCCGAUCAAGGUAUUUAUGGACAAUUUCGCCCCGUUUGGCAUCAAUGUUAGAGAUUAGCGUUAGCAUUUUAAAAAGACUAUCUGAUGGUAGCUUUUAGCGUUAGUUUUUCCGAAUUAAUCUAUCCUGUUAAU